AUGAUCGCCGCCCUGUGGGGUCACUCUCUGUCGCGGGCUUUAUCUCAGCCGGCGAGGGACUCUUCAUUGGGUGCUGAUGUCGGCCAUGGGGCACAUUUGUCCUUGGAUGUUGCUCACUCUCAGCUAGGAUGUGUUGCCUUUUCUUUGGACCUUUUUAUCCCCGAUGGGGACGCCUACCGGAUGCUUUCUCUUGCAGAGAAGGUUGCUGCAGAACCUCAAAAUGCAUUUAAACAUCCCAGGGAAUGUGAGAGUUCUUCAUCCCAGAAAAGGCAGAAGAUGGCCCUGUUAGUAAGGAAACGAGGAGUAGGAGAUGGCCUUAUUGGAGGCUCUGCCAUGUCUAAAGAAAAGAAGGUUAAGACAGGAGUUGGUAUUCCACCCAGCCAAUUGGAUUCUCAGAUUGAUGACUUCACUGGCUUCAGCAAAGAUGGGCUGAUGCAGAAACCUGGUAGAAAUGCACCUGUCGGAGUCAUUGUUACCAGCAGUUUCUCUGGAGAUGACCUAGAAGUCACAGAAAUACUCCCUUUUUCAAGAAUCCAAAAAGAUAUUAAUGCUGAAAUAAAGGGCAAAUUAAUGAAGGAAAUUCUACAUUACUUUGGAUGA